AUGUCCCUUAGAAAGCAAUCAAGUAAUAUGGAAAUGUCUGGUUAUGCCUCAUAUAUUUCCAUGAUUGAUGCUCUUUUAAACUCAAGUUUCACCGACAAUCCGACCGUAAAGGAACUUCGAAUGGAUCUUCAAGAGGUAUUCGCAUUAAAUAUUGAGCCAUUGAGAGGUGAUUUUAAUGAUAUCAUACAAAGUCGUAUUGAAAUGUGGCAACAAAGAUCCAAGAUAAUUAUUAAUGAAAUUGAUUUGGAGAAAGAAAACAUCUCUUUACUUCGAAAGUUUAACGAAAAACUAGAUAGGCAUUCUAAUAAUAAAGACGAUAUAAUAUCUCCAAGAGACAAGAGGCAAAAAGUGGAUGUUGAGCCUACUUACAAAAUAUCAGAACCACUGCGGGGCUUUUUUGGUGAAACAGAAUUAACGAAGUCAGAAAUUAUGAAUAGGAUAUGGGACUAUAUUGAACUCCACAAGCUCAAAAGAUCAAAUAAUUCUGAAGAGAUAUUAUGUGAUGACAAAUUAGGAUUGGUAUUUGGUGAAGUUGUACUUGCCCACAAAAUACCUACUAUGACUUCAAAGUAUUUGGAAAGAAUUGAAAGUGAGUUAGAAGCUGACGCAUCUAGUCUUGAAAAGCAAAGCCCAUUAUCAAAUGAGGAUGACAAUAACAAUAUUUCCGAAGCAAUGUCCACAAGCAGUCUGGAAGAUAAUGGAUCAGAUACAUCUCUGGAAGAUGACAGCUCGUCAGAUGAUAGUUCUUGA